UCCGAGCAGGAGCAGGACAGAUAAAUAGUCCCUGUCAAAAGGCGCAGCUCGCGGUCGUGCGGGCCGAGCCUGGGCCCGGCGCCGACUUUUCGGCAGCGCUCCCCCGGGUCAGCGGCAGGGCUCGCUCCCGAGGCUCCGCGCUGCUCUACCCAGGUCGCCGGUCCGGUCCUCGUCGGAGCGCGGUCGGGCCCCAGCCUCCGCGAGGGAGCGGAAGGCGGAGACCGCGAGACUGGCCUGGAGGAGGAAGGCGCGCGCGCGUGGGCGUGGGGGACGCAGUGAUGUCCACCGGCUCGGUGAGCGACCCCGAGGACAUGGAGCUGCGGGGGCUGCAGCGGGGGUACCUGGCCCCUGCCUCCUCCAAGAGGCCGCCCCUGCGCGCCACGGAGCGCAGCUACAUCUCGCCCAGCGAUAACUCGUCCGCGGAGGAGGACGACCCCGACGGCGAGGAGGAGCAGUGCGCGCUGGGCGCCGCCGGCGGCGCGGGAGGCUGCAAGACGAAGAGGCCCCGCGUGGCUGGGGGCGGCGGCGGCAAGAAGCCCCUCCCGCCCAAGGGCUCCGCGGCCGAGUGCAAGCAGUCGCAGCGGAACGCGGCCAACGCCCGCGAGCGCGCCCGGAUGCGCGUCCUGAGCAAAGCCUUCUCCAGGCUCAAGACCAGCCUGCCCUGGGUGCCCCCCGACACCAAACUUUCCAAGCUGGACACGCUCCGGCUGGCCUCCAGCUACAUCGCGCACCUGCGGCAGCUGCUGCAGGAGGACCGCUACGAGAACGGCUACGUGCACCCGGUGAACCUGACGUGGCCAUUUGUGGUCUCUGGACGACCCGACUCUGACACCAAAGAAGUUUCCGCUGCCAGCAGGCUAUGUGGGACCACCGCUUAGCUUGAACUUAAACUCACUCGAUGGUGAAACACUUACGUUUGGGGGUACCAGAGAGAAGGGAGACUGCGUGAGAACCCCCAGGAAGAAAGUUCCAUUGGAUUCUCCUACACCAUGAACUGCGAACACGACAGACAGGUGGCGGGCAUCAGGGGGGCAGAGCCCAGGGUCAGCGGCAUAGUUGUCAUCGAGGGGAGCCCAUGGCUACAACUGCGGCAUAUCUGGACCAUCACACUUUACCUCUCCACAAAGAGCCUCCUCUGUGGGUCCCAGGAGCGCGGACCCAGACCCAGCCUCCGGCGUUAGCAGUGGAGAUUGAACCCCUCGGCGCUGCCUGCAGAGCCCCGUGCCAAACCACCUGGGGCUGGUUUCCAAGCUGAGCCAGACAUAUAUGCAUUAUACGUGAUGGGACGACGCUGCACAGCCCGGGCCUUAAGGGUUAGGCUUGGCUUCAAAGACAGAAGUCUUCACGUGAGACCGACAACGAGCAGGUUUUUCAGUUGCAGAGAGGAGCGUGGAUACCUGGGCGGGGUUGGUAUCCCACAGGGCAGCGCCCUCCAGGCGGACAGGAGGGCGUCCACCCCGCUUGCGGGGAGGCAACCGGAGCGGUGAAGGCGCCAGUCAGAGACCACCCGAGCCGGCUUUGCCCGAAGCGCUCCUGGCGGUGCAGCCUUCCAGCUGCAGGCAGGCCCCUCGCGCCUGCGGGCUCCCUCCCCUUCCUGACCAGGCUUUGGUCUACCACUCACCCCAAUCUUCUAGGCUUGAGCCUCCACCCCACCCCCACCCCCAGGCGCCGCUCUCCUCGGCCUCCCUCUAAUCCCUUCUCCACCGCCUUGCAGACCCGCCUCUGACUGCUGACUGUCCCCACCCGACCCCCCCUCCUCAAGCUCCAGUCACCCCCUCUUCCAACAUGGCCUCCCUUGCCCACGUUCCUUCUCCCUCUGAGCCGCUGAGUCUGUUCGGUACUUAGGAACCCUGCCCAGGGGAACAUCGCCGGAGGCUGCACUGCCAUAGUAAUUAGCAAAUGUAAAUAAAUUUAUUUUUUUAUGAAUAAUAAAACUCAUUGU